CAAAAUGGCGAAGGAUGUGAUUGUUUCGUUACAUCCUAGGAAAUGUCAAGAUUUGUUUAAAUUCCAUGGCUCUUUUCUCGCCGAUAGGAAGUUUAAAGAUUUCCUUUCCGUUCGAAGCCUCGACUUUUUGCCAGACAUACGUGUUUGUCAGAUUAAAUACCGUGGGCUAUUAUUGUCAUAUCAGCAGAGGAUCUCAAAACGAAACUGUUUCUCUAUUCGCGUCCAUUUAGUAUAGUGUAUGAUGAGGUUUCCAGUGCCUCUGUCAAAACUACAUAACGAUGACUCGAGAUAAAAUAACCUCAUGCUUUAUAAUUACGACGAGAUCAUGACAUUUUAAAUGCACAGUUUGUGCUAACAGCGUCCGUGUAACGGUUUGCAUUUCAUUGUUCAACGGAUUAACAUUCUUUUUUUGUUUUUCAAAAUGUGAAAAUCUACCAGGAAAUAUCAACCACAGCUUCCCUUACAGACAAACACGAACAAUCAAGAUAGAUCUUUACCUAAUAUAAUGUGUUCCUCCUUAAACAAUAUGAUUAUCGUGAUAUUUUUAAAGUUAUUGUUUUUGAUGGUUCAACCGAAUGGAUAAACCAAUACAAAAUCCAAGACAAAUACAAGACGACAUCUCUGUCUUCUGGAGCAAAUGGAAUUGAAACGAUCCACCAAAGGAGAUUAAUCUCACAGAUGAUAUUCACUUAAUUGCACCAAGAUAACGUGGUUAGAGAAUGAUAAACUAUGAUUAUCUCUGCAGUCACAGCAACAUCAAAUGCGAGGCAAGAGGCAGACGUUCAGGUUCUCGCGAUACAUUUACAAGGAGUGUUUUUGCAAGAAGUCCAGAAAGACACGAUGCUGCUCAAAGAUUAUUUAGAUCCAAAGUUAAAAUAUGGUAUAAUCAGAUUCAGGGAAAAUGUGUGUGUGAUUGGUUAGAGAAGAAAGACGACUCCAAAACUGCCUUUUGCAGAAAUCAUUAUAUUUGGACUGAUGCUGACUGUGGAAGAUUUUUGUAAAUGUAACAUUUACAUCUUGUGUGCGAAUGUAUGUGUGGGUAAACGGAAUUAAAUUUUGUAGAUUACAUAUAAAUAAAGAAAAUGUUUGGACCGCAGCCAUUGUCUGUGACGCGAGCGCUGGAGCGCAUGCGCCGGAAGUUGCUGCCGCAGACAGCGACACUGAUUCGGCAACGCAGAGCAACAACACUAGAAAAAAAAAAUCAAAACACAGUAUCCAAAUAAUACUAAUCCAGUACGAUGUUCUGAACAAUGUAUAGUACCAUGAUCCACGGAGAUGUGAGGAGGAGUGUGUGGCCCAUGUUGCUCUAGGAGUGAGUGAGUGUGUGUGGGUGUGGGCGUGUGUGUGUGUGAGUGUGUGUGUGUGUAUGAGAUGCUGGCCUGUCUGCCAGGGCCAGGUGAUCUCUCCCUUCAGCUCCACCCCCACUCGCAGAUGAACACUGGACUUCAGAAAUGGGACACUCCACAAAGGAUGAGAUCCGCUCAAUAUCCAACCCCUGCGGAAUUGGAUGCUUAUGCUAAAAAGGUUGCCAACAAUCCACUCACCAUCAAGAUCUUCCCCAACAGUGUCAAAGUCCCUCAGUGGAACCACGUUCGCCGCACAGUCAACGGACUUGACACCGCUGGCCCUCGAUAUAGUCCCUACCCAUCCUCUCAGGCCACUGCCAAAACUGGUCUCCUUGCCAUCGUUAAAGUACCCCUAGUCAAGGGUGUCAUCAAAGACUUCAACGGCACACGGGCACGUCUGCACCCGGAGGUGAUUAUGAAUGCUGCCGGCACCCCUUAUGCAGCCACCUCGGCCAGCACUUUAAACCUGCACCACACAUCACAGGGACCUCAGAGAGUAUCCCAGAAUCCGCAGGGGCUUCCUCCACACCCUCAGAAUCUCCAAACUUUGCAACAGCCUGGGCCUCCACACCAAGGACUCGGACACCGCCCUUCCUCCUCAAUGCCACAGCAGCCCCAGGGCCUUCCAAGGCCCCAGACUCUGUCCCACACGCCUUCUUUAGUCCACCCUGGUGCCCACCAACCUUCAGCAAUCCUGCUUCCUCAGCAGCACCUACAGAACCCCCCUUCAAGCCUGCAGGUGGGUCCUCGAAAGUUACCGGUUGCAGAUGCCCCUCCUAACGUGACUGUUUCUACCUCAACCAUUCCAUUGUCCAUGGCCGGAGGGCUCCACCAGGGACGUCAGGCAGACUUAAACAGCAUAGUUCACCAGAUAAGCCAGUUCUGCCAGGCUAGGGCUCAGGGAGCCAGUGCCACAUCAAUGUGUGAAGGGCAGAUUGCCAACCCCAGUCCCAUUAGCCGAAAUCUACUCAUCAACGCCAGUUCUCGAGUCUCAGUGCAUGCGGGAAACCCUAAUGCACUUGCUCCCGGCCUCAUGCAUCCAUCGUUUGCUAUUGGACCUCCUGAUAAAGUGACUGCUUCUGCGCCAGUGAGUGCGAUGCCUCCUCAUAACAUGGUCACAAUGAACCAUGUGUAUCAUAGUGAUAUAAAACAACAGCACCUUCAGCAUCAAAGCCAUCAACCACAGCGAAAUCCCCAACAGCCGCAGAUGAGGUCCUGGACUCAGCAUCAGCUCGCUCACCUACAGCACAUCUCGGAAGGGGGCAGGCACCCCUGCAAACCGCCGAAUCGUGACCCUGGCCUCCCUUGCAAGGGCAUUACCUAUACCCCAGAAAUGGGCAUAGGGCAGCCUUAUGUCAUUAAACCCUCCAGCCCCUCGCCGCCACUUGCUAACAACACCAUCAAUGCAAUGCCCCCAGGUGCGGUGACACAUUACACCAAUGGGCAGUACUACCACCAGCCGACGAUGUGGGGUAGUAUCCUUCCCACGCCGAACAGCGACAGUUCCGGCUCACAAGACCUCCCGGUGCCCUUCCAUGGCACUGGCACAGGCAAUACCAACCCCACCCCAGCGAUGGACUGUGCCCCCGCGGGAGGAGCGGCCCAUUACCAAUUAGUAGGGGGUGCCUUAAUAGGGCAGACUAAUCUGAUGCAAACGGCAGAUUACAUGGGAGGGGACUUCCAGACGCCCUGCUUCCGAGAUCAGAAUCUCAUCCUAAUGGGGAAAAUGCACAGGCCACCCCCUAUGGGCCGGGUAGUGGUCCCCCCCUCCGAGACGCAAGGCCAGCAUCCAGGGUACAGAUAAGCUUCAGCCUACAAGCCUCAGACACAGUCUCUCCUCAGUGAAGUCAGCCACACACGCUUGUCCUCGACACCUCCUGUUAGUCUUAAUGAAAUUACAUUACGAGAGGAACUGAAAGAGCUCUUAAUCUCAAGGAUGAUUGUUGAUGAAAACAGAAAAAACAACAAUACAAACACGUCCAAUGAAGAGCAGAGUUUUGUGUAAAUCUUGCAAGUGAUCAAUUUUUUUUCUUUUUACGAGUGUUUUUUACAAGGCACUAGAGGGAAUUUUGUUUUGUUUUGUUUUUUUCAUCCAAUUCUGUCUUGUCUGUCUCUAGGUGCCCCGGAUUUCAAGUGCUCCUGGGUGAUUUAUGAAUGUCUUUCUUGUGUUAGUGCUUACUUUAUUAAAGGUGUCUUGUGAAAUAGAUCACUUUUGAACUAAGGGGCACCAGACCUUCUGUUCAUUGGAGAACCAUCAUGCUUUCAUUUGAGAGAUCUUUGUUUUGAGCCCGUCUUAUAACAUCAAAAAGGCUGACAGACUCAAAGCACUUCCUUCUUCAGCUUGACACAUUUUUCAUCCUUUCUUUUUCUUUCUUCAGUGUCUGAGCUAUGUGGGAAUAUGCCAGUCACUGGUCCCUUCAGACUGUUCCUAAGUGAAAGCUCUUGUCAUGUGUUCCUGUAACACAGGGUACCUGUUUUUCUAAAUGUUUAGAAAUCAGAUGGAUUUGUUAUAGGCUUUAUGGAUUUAUGUGUGACAUUUGAACUGCUUUAGGCUUGUGAAAGGUUGAAACAUCAAUUUGUUUUGCUAGACGCUUUGUGAGCAGCAGGAAACUUAAAUGACAGGAACCGCAUACAUAUAUAAAACCUCUUUUACAGUCUUUCAGUGAUGCAACAAAUCAGGUGUCAUUUUGCAUUCUGAGUCACUAAUGUGAGUGAAGUUUUUAAAAUGAUUGUGAAGGAUUCUGUCUUUUCUCUUUAAUGCUGUUAAGGCCAAAGCAGAAGAGCUACAGAUGUUUCCAUGUUAAAGUUGUGCUAUUUUUGUUUCACCUGAUCAUUAUACUCCCUUUAUUUCUUAACAUAUGAGAAACUACUACUUGAAUUGUAUAGAUGAGUUGUGCAGGUUCAGGUGGGUCAUAUGUGGUAUAGCUGUAAGUGGGUUUGCAGGAUUAAACAUACUACUGAAGGUGGUGUCUAUAGGCUUGUUGCUAGUAUUAUGAUGUAGAAACUAUGUACCAAAUCAAGGGUUUAUGAUCCUGCGUUUUUCUAUAAUAAUGUAAAGUAGGAAUUGCUACUGACUCUCUUGUGAAGUGUGCUUGAAUUGACCAAAUUGAUCACUUGCAAGAUCAUUUGUGGUUAAAUUGAAGACUUUUUAAAAGCAAAAAAAAAAAAAAGUCAAAAAGGUAAAACAGCAGGUGAAUUGAUUAUUUUAUUGUACACUGGCUUAUCUACUGUACUGCUGUAACUUUAAAGAAGUGUAAUAACUGUGUAUGAAUGUGGCUGCAUAUGGAUAUGGGUUCACAGAUUUAUUUGGUGUGCAUGUGAUGAGCGCAGGUGUGUGUGCUGGUGGGUCGGUUUGUCUUGACUCACGGUUGGUUUGCCUCCCCUCAACAGCCCUCAUGAAGCCUUAAGUAUUUGGUCCUUGGACUUUCCUUCGACAAACAAGCAUGAUUAUAAUAAAGGUAUAAAGAAUUCUGAUUUUGAAAAAAAUAGUCUAUAAAGGAACAGCAUUUUUCCUUGUUUAUUUUUAUUAACUUGAGCUUUUGUUGAAUAGAAAAGUAGUUCUUUAGAAUUACUUGAUAAUGUAAACAAAGAAAUAAAGAAUAUUUUAUCGUCAUUGUUUUAUAGCUGUGUGUAGCUCUGGGCUGUAACUAAAUAUUUUCAUUCCAUGUUUCAAAGCGUCAGUUUUGCAAUUUGUGCUACUUAUAAUUCUGAACUAGAUUUUUUUUUCCCUCAUUAUUUAAUUUUUUUUUUUUUUUUUGCAAUUGCUGUUAAAUGGAGGAAGCUUCUAGAAGUCUUUCUCGUAUCUGUAACUCUAUGGCUGUCAACUGAAUGCGUGGGAAGAAUCUGAAGAGUGUGAGUUGUGCUACUUUUUUUUGUUUUGUAAUAUUGUAAUAAAAUAAAGUUCUAAUUUAUGCUUUCA